AUGGCAACGAAUACCAUCACAGCGCCGGCGGUCUUAUCGAUUCCCCAGUGGACUCCUGUGCCUGAGACCCAGUAUGACUUGGACUGGGCUGAUUUGGUGACACUGGAUCUUUCCAAGUUCGACACUCUGGGUGGUAAGGAGGUAUUAGCCCAGCAACUUUCCGAUGCCGUGAAUAGGAUCGGAUUCUUCUACAUUACUCACUUUGGCUUGACACAAGAGCAAGUCGACAGGCAAUUCAGCCUAUGCAAACAAGUCUUCGACCUGCCCGAGACCGAGAAGAUCCGGUAUCGCGCGGACCUUGAGAAUGGAGGGUACAAUGGGUACAAGCCGGCGGGACUGCGUGAGCUGAAGCCGGGCAUCAAGGACAAUACCGAGAUCUACAACAUUCCGAAAUUCACGCCCGAGUAUGCUCGAGACCACCCAGCCGUGAUUCGCGAGCAUUGGGACGAGAUCGAGCGGUUUGCAAGACACGUCCAUUUCGAAAUCGUGCGGAAGUUGCUGGUGUUGUUUGCACUCGUGCUUAAACUGCCGGAGGACCAUUUUCUGAAUAUCCAUCGCUAUCCAGAAAACAGCGACUGUCAUUUCCGGUACAUGAAAUACCACAGGCGCACUGCUCAGCAAAAUGCAGACCUGGAUAAUGUCUGGGCUAAGGGCCACACGGAUUUCGGGAGUCUUACUCUUCUAUUCCGACAACCCGUGGCUGCCCUUCAAGUCCGCACCCCAGAGGGGCAAUGGAAAUACGUGAAACCGUAUCCCGAAAGCAUCACGGUGAACAUCGCCGAUGCAUUGCAAUUCCUGACAAAUGGGUUUCUCAAGAGCAGUAUCCACCGUGUUGUUGCGCCGCCGCCGGAUCAGGCUGAUCUCGAUCGCUACGGAGUGUUGUACUUCGUGCGACCGGAGGAUGAUACAGAAUUGGUGCCGCUUGACAACAGCCCCGUCCUCAAGCGUCUUGGAUACGAUCAGACCUUGGACUCGGCGACGGUCGGUCUUACGGCCGGCGAAUGGGUCAAGGCUCGAGUGGCUCGGAACGUCAGUCGAGUGGGCAAAGAAGAGGAGUCCAUCAUCAAAGGUGUCAAGGCGAGAUAUUAUGAUUGA